AUGCCCACAAACGCGACCGGCCCGCAGCGAUGGUGGAGCAUGUUCGACCCGCGAACGCGCCAUGGCCAAAUCUACCUCUCUCUGCUGUCGCUCCGCUGCUUCAGCGCCUUCUUCGGCUACGGCUACAUUCAUCCUGACGAAUGGAUGCAAUCUGGCGAGCCCUACUUCGGCUUCAAGGACAUUGGGAUAGAUGUGCGGCUGCCGUGGGAGUGGAUGCCUAACAACGCACUGCGUUCGUUCUCGUCGCUAAGCUCGCAAUAUCGGAGCCUCGACAUCCUCCUCCCGUUGGUGAAGCGGCUUGGCCCUCUAUCGGGUCGCUCACUAUUCAUGAUUCAACGAGCAAAUAUGCUGCUGGAGACGGUGCUGGUCGAUGUGAUAGUGGCAGCCGUGCUGCCGCCGCAGACGGCAAGGCUAGUACACUACCUUUUUGGCAUCUCGACCGCGGCAACAACGUUCCUGGUGCGACCCUUCAGCAACUCGCACGAACUCACGCUGCUCGCACUGUGCUUGCUGCAGACCCUGGCACUCUAUCAGGAUCGGACAUGGUAUCGACAUUCGAAUCUCGGAGGAUGGCACUGGGGAGUGCUGUUCGCCACCCUUGCUGUGGACGGCUUGUUCACUCGCUUCACGUUCGCCAUCUUUGCCCUCCCCGUCACGGCGUUCUUCGUGUAUCGCUUCAAACAGGUCGCAACAGAGGGCUUCCAUAAACCGGCGCUGCUUUCGUUGGCAAUUGGUGUCGUGACAGGAAUCGGGCUGCUCGGCAACACCAUUUGUUCCGAGACCAGCUUCUAUACGAGAUUCGCCAACGCAACCGGCACGGAGCUAGCGAGCAUGUGGGGAACCAAGUGGGUGGUCCCGCCGAUCAAUGCGCUGCUAUACAACAUGAAGACGGACAAUGUAGCGCAGCACGGUCUGCAUCCGAGGUGGUUGCAUGUCGUGGUGAACAUGCCCAUGAUGGUCGGCAUUGCGAAUUGCGUCGUGAUUGCGAUUCAUGGGUGGCAUUCCAUUCGCGACACGAUGGCGCCGGACCACACAAUUGGGGUGGAAGACCUGAUCGAGGAAGAAGAGGUGGAACAGGUCAUAGAGAUUGCAGAUGCGCCGAGCCAGUCAGAAAAGAAGUCCACGGCAUCAACGUCAGCUCGGGCCGUCGAACUCGUCGACACGACCGAGAAGGCGGAUGAGAGCGCGAUGCCAUCGACCUCAACGGAUGCGCCCGCCUCAACACCAUCACCACCCGAGACCGCCCUCGCAUACAUCGACGUCUCCCGCCUCACCACCGCCCUCUGCCUAUGCACGAUCCUCUUCAGCCUCCUCAUCCUCUCACUAUCGCCGCAUCAAGAACCGCGCUUCCUCCUCCCCCUCGCUCUCCCCUCGACCAUCCUCAUGGCGCUCGCCUUCCAGUCCCCUUACUUUACCGUCCGUCCUCGCUUCACCCGCAUCCUCCUCAUCCUCCACGUAGCGCAACACAUCCUCCAACUCCUCCUCUUCUCCUUCCUCCACCAAGCGGCGCUCCUCCCGACGCUCUUUCACAUCGACCAUUCCCUCUCUCGCCUCCCUUUGACGGGAAACGCGCUAUUCGAUCGCUACGAACAUCAUCUACUCUACCGCACAUUCUCCGUGCCUCUCCAUCUGAUCCCACGCAAAGGACGCGGCAUGUUUCCUCGCGUCGAACACUACGAUAGCUCCACGAGCCCAGCAGGCUUGCUCUACCCCGCCGGAUGGGCGUGCGAUGACACCUGGCUCUAUGCGCCCAGUUGGGUGGUGGCCCAGCUUCAAGAGGCCGCCGAGAAGGGAGGGAAUGUGGUGCUGAUCAAAGAAAGGGUCUGGACAGGACAUGUCGAUAUGGAUCAUUUGCCAGAGACGUUGGCGCUGGUCAAGAAAAUUGGCUGGACAGAGGCGUUUGCGAUUCACAAGUUGCAUGUGCGGUGCAGUCGCACCGUCGUCAAAGAGACAGAGGAGGUGGCUCAGACAGCGACACACCAAGAAACGGAGGACAAGGCUCACACAGCGUUACAUGCAGAAUUGUAA